UGUGUGGGAGGGACCGGUGAAUAAAAGCAAUGCUUUAUUCUUCCUGUCACUCAUAAACUCAUAACCGGACUGUAACGUUACACUGUGUUCCUGCUCUAACACAUUAUCCUGCACACCAUAGCGACAAACAACAACAAGGACAAACAACGACAGCUUCAAGGCAAGUCGCAGAUGGCCCAGUGGCAGGAUCUGCUGAGGCUGGACUCAGCCCUCCAGGGCCGGGUGAGCCAGCUGUACGAUGAGAGGAAAUUCCCCAGAGAGAUCCGCCACUAUCUGUGCGUCUUCAUAGAGAGCCAGAACUGGGAUUUGGCAGCUGUGGAUGAAAAUACAGCAAGUACUUGUUUCUAUGCACUCCUGCUGUGUUUGGAUGAACAGUGGAACCGUUCUGUCCAGGAGAACAACAUUUUGCAGGGACCUGAUUUUCCAGGAAUGAAAGACUACUUGCUGAAACACUUUGGAGGUGAGCCACUGAAACUGGCUGUAGUCCUCUCUGAAUGUCUUAAAGAGGAAAAGAAAAUUCUGGCUUCAGCCUCUGAAGCACAGGGUUGCAACAGCCCAGCUGUGGAUCAGAAAUGGAGAGAGUUGGACAACAAAGUCAAUGAACUGAAACAGAAGACUACGGAGGUGAAGAAGGAAAUGAAGUCACUGGAGUUCCUAAAUGAAAACAUUGACUUCAUACAGAAGACGUGGCAAAGCCAAGUGGAGCAGAAUAUCGGAUUGGCCCAGUCCCAAGCUGUUGUGGAAGGGGAAUGUCUUAAGCGGACCAACCGUAUCACACGAACAAAGCAGAUGGUGCUGCAGCAGAUAGUGAACAUUUUAAAAUUGGCACAGGAGGUUGUGUUGACUCUCACUGAUGUGGAGCUUCCUGAGUGGAAGCACAGGCAGCAGAUGGCCUGCAUUGGAAGUCCAGUUGACACGUGUCUGGACCAUCUCCAGAAGUGGUUCACGACUGUGGCAGAGGUGCUGCUACAAGUACGCGAACAACUGCAGAAACUGCAAGACCAGAACAAGAAGUACAACAGCACUGAUGACUCCAGCCCCACUGGUCCAAUGGCAGAAAUUGAGAAUUUCACCCUGUCCCUCUUCAAAAACCUUCUUCUAAACGCUCUAGUGGUUGAGAAACAACCAAUCAUGUCGAGUUUACCUCACCGACCUCUAAUACUGAAGACGAGGGUGCGGUUCACAGUGUCAGUAAGGUUCUUAGCAAACCUCCCAGAGUUCAAGUGCCUGCUCAAAGUCAAACCUGUAUUUGACAUGGAUGUUGAGGAGGCCAUGACAGUUAAAGGGUUCCGUCACUUUGAUUUCAACAGCGAUGAUGGUAAGGUGUUGGAUGUGGACACGCCCCAUGGAGGCUUGGUGGCAGAAUUUGGUCACAUGUCACUCAAGGAAAGCAAAGCAAAAAGCAAAGGAUCAAAUGAGAGUCUGACAGUCACUGAGGAACUCCACAUCAUUAAGUUUGUGACAGUGUUUCAGCAUGCUGGACUGGAAUUUGACAUUGAGGCCAGCUCUCUGCCUGUGGUUGUCAUCUCCAGUACCAAUCAGGUCGUCAGUGCCUGGGCCUCUGUCAUGUGGUGCAACAUACUGUCCACCAGUGAACCGAGGAACCUGUCGCUUUUCAUCGACCCUCCUCCACUUGCCUGGCAGCAGCUGUCACAGGUUCUGAGCUGGCAGUUUUUGUCUGUUGGCCAACGGGAGCUUGACGAAUACCAGCUCUCUAUGCUCAGAGACAGAAUUGUGGAUGAUCCUGAUGGUCUCGUUUACUGGAGCAAGUUCUCCAAGAAUGAAAAUGCGUGGAUUUGGAUCGACGGAAUCCUGGAUUUGAUCAAAAAACACCUGGUGGAUCUUUGGCGGGAUGGGUUCAUCAUGGGGUUUGUGAGCAGGGAGAGAACACGGCUUCUAUUGCAGGAAAAACAGGCCGGGACCUUUCUGCUGCGCUUUAGUGAGAGCAGCAAAGACGGAGCCAUCACCUUCAGCUGGGUUGAGCACUCCAAGGGUGACACCCAUGUGCAUGCAGUAGAGCCCUACACCAAGAUGGAGCUGUUAAACAUGUCUCUGCCAAACAUUAUUUACAACUACAGUCUGAGAGCCCAGAAGAGCAUGCACAGUCCUCUGCUCUAUCUUUACCCAGACAUUCCCAAGGACACUGCCUUUGGACGCUACUACAACAUCAAUCAUGAAACGUCGGCACCUAAAAAGGUCGUACAUCCGUACGUUCACAGAACAUUGGUGCCUGUCUCAGAAAAUCCUACGCCACCUCCAUCUCCACCUGGGGAGAUGGUCAUCAUGGACGUGGAUGUAGAUUCGAGACUGGAGGAGCAUCAUCAAGAACUCUUCUCUGAUUUACUCAACUUACCUGAACUCCCCGACUUAAUGACUUACCAAGAUAUGGCAUCAUCUCAGACCAACUUUGUUGAUCUAUAUAACAACUUUUGAAAAUGCUGGCUUAUUGUGUCAGAACCAGAACGUUAUCAGAAUGGGGACUCUCACUCACCAAGUACAGGGAAUGUUUUCAGUACAAGUGUCAGUAAUACAAUAAAAAAUAAGAAAACAGAACAAAGUCGCUUAUUGUAAAAAUUAAGAAUACCAUAAAAACAAUGAUCAACAUGUAUGAGUAUAAUUGUUUAAGAUUCUGCCAUAUGGAUAUAUUGUGCAAAGAUAAAAGCAAUUUUAAGAUAUUUAGGUGAUGUAAGAGGUGGUUCUAGCAAAUGUGCUUUUCUACUGUACUGUUUAAAUGUAUACUGAGGAAAUUUCUAUUUGCACAUUACUUUUUCAAUGAAAAUGCCUGUGCUGUGUGUAAAAACACCAUGAUGUAUUGUAGGUGUUCUUUAAUUUUGUUUAUUAAAAUAAACAUAUCUGAAUGCAUUCCA